UAGCACGCAAGCGUCAAGAAAGAACGAGAACACGCCACUAAACCAACGGAGCGCAGUGCAGUGAAGAACAUUACACGUUGGUAUCUAGGUUUAAUGCAGGGCGGGAAAAUUGGGCUGAAUUAUCAAGAGUUACAAUUACACCAAAAGGAAGUUAGUUCUCAUUUCGGGUCUUUAACAAAAUUCUUUUUGCUUUAGUUUUUUCUUUUAGCCAAAUAACGUGUGAAUUGAUUUUUACUGGUUUUGUUGUCAACUUGUGGACAAUAAACUCCAAGAAACUUCCAGACUCAGACUUCCGUUUCAAAAAUUCAGAAAGCGUUUAGUUCGUCACUUGUUUCUAACUGCACGAUGAGAUAAACGUGUAGCAGGUUACUGUGGAGCGUGGAACUAUAGCUGAAGUCUACGCAGGACGAACGACGAUGGGUGAAAAUUUAACGGCUUUGUGGAGAGUUCUUUCCCGGAAGAAAAUAACAUCUUGUCCAGGAGAGGGCGGACGGCCGUUACAACGCUGUUUGUCCGUCGUUGAUGUGACAUGCUUAGGACUUGCAACAACCCUCGGAACAGGAGUGUAUUGUCUUCUCGGAGAAGCCGCUAGGGAACACACUGGACCGUCUGUGGUGUUAUCUUACUUGAUAGCAGCUGUAGCGUCUUGUCUGGUCGGUUUGUGUUAUUCAGAGUUGGCCACGCGAUUUCCACGUGGGGGCUCUGCUUACGUCUACAGCUACGCCACUUUUGGGGAAUUUUUUGGCUUUCUUAUUGGAUGGAGUAUGAUAUUAGAGUAUACAAUUGGCGCUGCCCUUGCGGCGAAAACAUGGAGUCAGUACUUUGAUGUUGUCAGUAACGGAAGUCUUUUCAAUUUCUUCAAUCAGCCGCUAGGCGCUCUUGGCAUUCCAGGUCUUGACAGAUAUCCAGAUGUACCAGCAGUUCUGGUAAUCAUGACUGUAACGGUUGGCGUCAUGGGAAAAGUGAAGUUAGGAUGUAUUGUCAACAACGCUCUGGUCUUCGUCAACUUUCUGGUAAUAAUUGGCAUGGUACUGGUCGGAAUGUUCAACUUGGAUUCAGAAAACUGGACGGCUGGUUCAGGAUUCUUCCCCCACGGCGUGGGAGGGGUUUUCUCUGCUGCAUCAGUCUGUUUCUUUGCCUUCGUGGGCUAUGAUGUAAUCGCGACCUCUGGUGGAGAGAUAAUGCAUCGAACGAAAACAUUGCCGGGAGCAGUUAAUUUUACUUUUCUUGUGGGAUUAGUGGUUUCAUUUAUCACGGCCACGGCUGUGACAUUAGUCAUUCCCUGUUCUCUUCUGGACCGACGAGGCUCUCUUUUGGAAGCUUUUGAAGUUCGCAAGAUACGUGGAAUGAAACUCUUCGUGAUUGUCGGAGCCAACUGUGGACUGUUGUCGUCUGUGGGUACGUCCCUCUUCGCUCUGUCUCGUGUGCAGCAUUCCCUUGCCAACGACGGUCUUUUAUUCCAAUUUCUGACACGCUACAAUGAACGCACAGGAACAAGUUGGUCCGCUUGUAUCGUUUCGGCUUCACUUUCAGCUGUAUUUGCAUUAUUCUGCGAUUCUCGAACUUUACUUGGAAUUCUGGGAAUGGGAACUCUUACUUCUUUCACUUCUGUGCUGCUGUCGGUUCUUUGUUUACGUUAUGGUGUUUUGGAGGGUCUACCACUUGAGUUAUCUGAAAUGUCUCGAGAGUCAACAGCUACUCUGCCACUUGGUGGCGCUAACUUAUCAGGCCACAAUUCUUAUGCAGAAGAUUAUCUACACGUUGUGAACGCCAGCACUCAAACCUCUUUUGCCGGGGAAAAUAUUACUACAGAGGCUAUUACAAGAAGCAACUGUCUUGAAUACUGCUCAUCAAGAAAUACCGAUUAUGCGAACAGUGUAGGUGGAAGACCAACAGUCGAUUUGAUCACAAUGACUGACAGAAGAAGGAGAAACUACGGAGCUCUCCAUCCAAGGCCCGUGUCAGUUGAGCUCGUAAAUGACACUUAUGUCACUUCCUUAACAGAAUUAUCAGCCCAAGACAGCACAAAUCAAAAACUCGGGCCAACUUCUAAGUCAGCUGUUGUCACAGCUAUUCUGGUGGCUGCCGUUAUCACAAUAAUCGGUGCAAUGGGGGUAAUCACGAUGCAUGUCCCACACAGAUUCGCCCAGAGUCGCUGGUGGGUUGAAGUCGUUUUCAGCUUUCUAAUGAUAACUGUUGUUGUCUGUGUAGGGUGUAUAAUUCGACAACCACAUCAUAAGCCCAGAUCUAAAAAUAGUGUUACGUGUGUCCCUGUGCUGCCACUUUGUGCUCUUUGGAUGACAGUUCAUUUCAUGGCUUCUCUUUCUUACACUUCUUGGUUGGCGUUCCUGUUCUGGAUUCUUCUUGGAAUCCUUGAAUACAUGGCGUAUGGAGUAUGGCACAGUACAGAGAGAAGUUUGGAUGAUUCUGUUGACGUGGCACUAUUAGAUGUGGUGGAAGAACCCAAUGCUGAUGCAACUUACCGUUCAAAUGAAAGAGAAGCUCUAGUCAAUGUCUCAUGAAAUUGUUGUUCGAAAUGUCAAGUUAAGCCUGGAAUGUGAUUAAACGUUUGUGGCAGAUGAUUUAUAGCCGAAGUUCAUUUAGAAUAUAAAAAAUGAGCAAAGCUAAUAUAAACGUUUCAUCCUUGGUUUUCUUCACGAAAUCGUAUUAUUAAUAUUGUAUUUUUCAUAUUUAAAAGUAUUCUGCUGCAAAGCUAUUAAAUACAUAUAAAUACAUAUGACAUUAAUGGAUUUUUAAAUCACAAGAGUGAGUCAAUGCUGCUAUGAUGGACUUUUGUUAGUGGUUGAAACGAAGUGCAUUUUAUCAAAGGACAUCAUUAACGAAAAUACUAAAUUUAACUAAUGUAAAUAGUAAAAAGAAAACUGCUGAAAAAGAAAUAAAAACAAAACAGGAGCACGACAAUUUUACAGUUUUUAAAAAGGAUUAUGGAAAUAAUAUAUUUUAAAUUCGGAAUAGGCCUAUGUACAAAGUGUUUACUGAAGCUAGAUUUACCAUACUGACAUAUAUAAAUUAUAUUAGCAUAUUCUAUAGAAUACAAUUUAGUUACUAAUGUAGGUUUUGAAAUUCUCAAGUGUUUCUUCAGAAUAUAUAAAAAUAGAUUGAUUAGCGCUUGUAUUAUUUAGAAUGAACGUUAUAAUUUAAACGUAGUAUGCUUUCGAGAGAUCAAUAUGUAAAUUGUAAUAUAGUGUGCAAAUAAAAAAACAUGGAUCCGU